AUGGCUGAUCGAACGACAAUACCCUGUGUGAACUGCGACGCUUGCGGAGACAUCAUGCACAUACUCCCUUGCUGCCAUAAACUGUGUCAAUCGUGUGCUGCUGGAGAAGAUCUCAAAUGCCCCCGAUGUGAUGUUGUUGUAUGGGAGCGAAUGACGCUCCCGGAGGUCCAGGGUUCAAGUCCCACUGAGGGCGAUCGGCCAUAUGCAUAUCACGCCUUACAGCAGGAGCCCAAUACGCUCUUCCACGGUGUGAAGCAAAAAACUGUUGGUAACAAGAAGAUCAGCGAGUACGGAGGGUUGCAUAUCAAGACUGAUGACGAUAUCAUAAGAUGCGGAAUAGGUCCGCUGACGGGCCAGAUCGGGGACACCACGGGGGGCUCGGGCCUCGGGCAGUUUAGAUCACCUUAUAGUGUCUGCAACCACUCUGGACGCAUGUUCGUGUCUGAUAGUCUCAACCAUCGGGUCCAAGUUUUUGAUACCAAUACUUUGCAAUUGGUGUAUACUAUUGGUCAACGUGGUGACGGGGAAGGGGAGUUUUGUGACCCCAGUGGCAUCGGUGUUGAUGCCGAGGGAAGGAUCAUCGUCGCUGAGUACGGAAACGACCGGGUUCAAAUCUUCGAUAAAGAUGGUAAAUUUUUGCAAUGUUGUGGCACUUUUGGGUCGGACGAAGGGGAGUUUUACGGCCCUUUUGGAGUUCAUGUUUGCCCGGCAACACAAAAUCUUCUUAUUACUGAUUCUUGCAAUCAUCGAGUUCAAGUACUUUGGUCCAGUGAUGGUCAUCACCACGAAGGUCGUCCUAAUGAACCAUCAUCAUCAUUGACAUUCGCGGCCCCCACAGGCGUGGUGAGUACUCCUUCCCCCCACAGUCAGCUGCUCUUUAAUGCUUUCAGUGUAUCGAUCAAUCGGGCGCCCUUUAUGUAG